UGAUCCACCUGCCUCAGCCUCCCAAAAUGCUGGGAUUACAGCUGUGAGCCACCAUGCCCAGCCCAUGGAAGGCUUUUGAGUAAAGGAAAAAGAGACUGAUGCUCUAGAAAGAUCAGGGUUAGGAGGUGAGACCAGAGGCCAUGGAACCUCCCCAUCUCUGCCCUUGCCCCCUGCCCACUGCCCAGGCCUGAACCAGGACCCGGGUUUUGGAGAUUGGGUGGAGUGAGAGAUUCCAGUACUAGAAAGCAAGCAAGGAGGGUGCUGGCUCGUGUGCAGGGCUGGGAAAGGGCAAAGCAGAGCAAAGUGGCCCAGAGCCUGGGCUCUGGGUUCCAAUGCUACCUCACCAUUGUGUGACCCUGGACAGGUGACUUCUCUCUGAGUCUCAAUUGCUUGAUGUGUUAGGUAGGUGGUGAUAGUGCUUGCCCCACAGCCACCUUGUGUUUAUGAGUUAAUGAGGAUAAUGUGCUCAGGGCAGCUCUCACUGCCCCCGCCCACUCCGCCACUGGAGCCCAGCCCUGACGCCCUGACAGAUCCUGAUCUGUUCUCUUUCCCUUCCAAAGUGGAGCUAGCCUGAGCCUCCAGGACUUCAGCCCUUCCAGGAGAAUCUGAUCCCAGGUGAGGGAGGUCACUUGGGGUGUGGCCCAGCAGGCAGGCGGGACUCCAGGCUGGGAACAGAAGUCAGCCCUGCUGGGGCUGGGAGCUGAAGGAGCUGUUCCUUUCUCACAGGUGUUAGACGAGGAAAAGUGAUCAUUGCCACACCAGGAGCUGAAGCCAUGGCCUCAAAGCCUGAGAAGAGGGUGGCAUCGUCUGUCUUUAUCACCCUGGCACCCCCGCGCCGCGAUGUGGCUGUGGUGGAGGAAGUGAGGCAGGCGGUUUGUGAGGCCCGGCGUGGCCGCCCCUGGGCGCCUCCUGCCCCAGUGAAGACACCCGAGGCUGGCUUGGCGAGGAGGCCCAGCCCCUGGACACCCCCUGGCAAGGCUGCAACCACAGUGCCAGCUGCACCUCUGCAGCUUUCCAAUGGAGGAUGCCCACCCCCUCCUCCUGUCCUGGAUGGUGAGGAUGUGCUUCCUGACCUGGACCUCCUCCCGCCCCCUCCACCGCCCCCUCCGGUGCUCCUACCUUCUGAAGAGGAGGCUCCUGCUCCAAUGGGGACCUCACUCAUUGCAGACUUACAGCAGCUGCACCUGUCCCCACCCCCGCCCCCGCCCCCACCACAGGCCCCAGCGGAGGGACCUUCAGUCCAGCCUGGUCCCCUCAGGCCCGUGGAGGAAGAGCUGCCACCUCCCCCAGCAGAACCUGUUGAGAAAGAGGCGUCCACAGACAUCUGUGCCUUCUGCCACAAGACCGUGUCCCCCCGAGAGCUGGCUGUGGAGGCCAUGAAAAGGCAGUACCAUGCCCAGUGCUUUACAUGCCGCACCUGCCGCCGCCAGCUGGCUGGACAGAGCUUCUACCAGAAGGAUGGGCGACCCCUCUGCGAACCCUGCUACCAGGACACGUUGGAGAAGUGCGGCAAGUGUGGCGAAGUGGUCCAGGACCACAUCAUCAGGGCCCUGGGCCAGGCCUUCCACCCCUCCUGCUUCACGUGUGUGACCUGCGCCCGGUGCAUUGGGGAUGAGAGCUUUGCCCUGGGCAGCCAGAACGAGGUGUACUGCCUGGAUGACUUCUACAGGAAAUUCGCCCCCGUCUGCAGCAUCUGUGAAAAUCCCAUCAUUCCUCGGGAUGGGAAAGAUGCCUUCAAAAUCGAGUGCAUGGGAAGAAACUUCCAUGAAAAUUGCUAUAGGUGUGAGGACUGCAGGAUCCUCCUGUCUGUUGAGCCCACGGACCAAGGCUGCUACCCCCUGAACAACCGUCUCUUCUGCAAGCCGUGCCACGUGAAGCGGAGUGCUGCAGGGUGCUGCUGAGUACCUGCUGGGCAGUGAACGGACCACUAGCCCCGGCUGGGGCCCUUCCCUGACUUAGUUUCCCUUCCUGACCUGCUCUUGCACACUUUCCUUCUGAGCCUCCGUGGGGACCAGCCUGCAAGUCGGCCUAGCCUGUCCAGGAUACAGUGGGGCUGAGUACCCCCAGGCCUUCCACUCCUCCUCUACCCUCUGGGCAUCAGAAGGCUCCUGGACCAUGAGCGUCACCCCCAGAAUUCCCUGCUGACCCCACUCCACUUCCAGGGAAAAGCUGGGGGAAGUUGGACCCUUCUCACUGACUAGCUGUCUGGUAGGGGUGCUGGGACCAGCCUGGCUUGCAGGGUUGAGCUAUUUGAGGAACAACUCCAAGGUUCCUUAAAAAGGGCUUUUUAUAGGCUGGGCAGGGUGGCUUACGCUUGUAAUCUCAGCACUUUGGGAGGCCAAGGUGGGUGGAUCAUUUGAGAUCAGGAAAGACCAGCCUGGCCAACAUGAUGAAACCCUGUCUCUACGAAAAAUACAAAAACUAGCUGGGCAUGGUAGCAGGUGCCUGUAAUCCCAGCUACUAGGGAAGCUGAGGCAGUAGAAUCUCUUG